GGCGCGGGCGAGGGGCGGGGGGCGCCGCCGCCUCACGCGCCCCGCGCCCCGCCGCACGCGCCCCCGCGCCCGCCGCCGCACGCGCCCGCUCGCCCCCUCCGGUUCCUCGCUUUUUUUUUUUUUUUUUUUUUUUUGGCCUCCCGGUUCGCCCCGCUCUCCCCCGUCAGCUUGCCGUUCGGGUGCAUCCCCCCCCCCCCCGUAGUUCAGCCAUGCCCGCCGACACGGGCAUGGAGAAACCCACCGCCUCGCCCAUCGCCGGCGCGCCCGCCAGCGCCAGCCACACGCCGGACAAGCCGCGGAGCGCCAGCGAGCACCGGAAGUCCUCCAAGCCCAUCAUGGAGAAGCGGCGCCGGGCGCGGAUCAACGAGAGCCUGGGGCAGCUCAAGACGCUCAUCCUGGACGCGCUCAAAAAGGACAGCUCGCGGCAUUCCAAGCUGGAGAAGGCGGACAUCCUGGAGAUGACCGUGAAGCACCUGCGGAACCUGCAGCGGGCGCAGAUGACCGCCGCGCUCAGCGCCGACCCCACGGUCCUCGGCAAGUACCGGGCCGGCUUCAACGAGUGCAUGAACGAGGUGACCCGGUUCCUGUCCACCUGCGAAGGGGUCAACGCCGACGUGCGCACACGGCUGCUGAGCCACCUCUCGGCGUGCCUGGGCCAGAUCGUGGCCAUGAACUACCCCCCUCCUCCUCCUCCUCCUCCCCCGCCGCCCGCCCAGCCCGCACAUCUGGCACAGCAGCACGUCCAGCUGCCGCCGGCCGCGGCCGUGCCCUGCAAGCUGAACCCCGCCGAGGCGCUGCCCCCCAAGGUUUACGGGGGUUUCCAGCUCGUCCCGGCCACCGACGGCCAGUUCGCCUUCCUCAUCCCCAACCCGGCUUUCCCCCCCAGCUCCGGACCGGUUAUUCCUCUCUAUGCCAACGCCAACGUGCCGGUGGCGGCGGGCGGCGGCUCGGGGAGCGCGGCCGCCACCCCCUCGGCGUCGCCGGUGCAAGGCUUGACAUCAUUUGGGGGCAGCAUCGGGCCGGCGUCGCAGGCCGGGAGUCCCGUGGGAGAGCGCAGCGAAUCCGUCUGGAGACCCUGGUGACUUCCUCCGAGUCAUCCCCCCUCCAAAAAGAACACAAAAAUACCAAGAGACUCUCGUCGGCUCCGUUGUAUGGAGCCCCUGUUAUGUUUUGGGGUUUGUUUUUUUUUUAAAAGCAGAUUUAAAGCGGAAAGGAAGAGAAGGACCUCGCUAUGAACGUGCUAUUUAUUAUUUUCAGAGGUUGGGAUCUCGACUUGUAUUUUUACUCCUUUCAAAUGCCUUUAUUUGAGAUACUUUUUUUUUUUUUUUAAAGAAACGAACAAAAGAAAAAAUAAAUGAGAAAUAGUUUUGUAACGAAUAUUCCAAAAGUUAUAAUGCCAAAGUUGUUUGUAUCCCGUUGGUCUGUGGGUGUGUGCGUGCCUGUGUCGAAGACUUCCAAAAACGAAAAGAGAAAAAAAAAAUGCAGGUGUUUCAAUAAAGGAACUCUUUGAAAUAGA